CUGGAAAUUAUACAUUUCGUUAAAACAUUUUUGAAGAGAUUUCAUUUCAUAAAACGAAGAUCAAUCUUCAGAGAUCUGUGAAAGUGUGAAGAGAUGUCAGGAAGAGGAAAGGGAGGAAAAGGAUUGGGAAAGGGAGGAGCGAAGAGGCAUAGGAAGGUUCUGAGGGAUAACAUUCAAGGUAUCACCAAGCCUGCUAUUCGUCGUCUUGCUCGUAGAGGUGGUGUCAAGCGUAUCAGUGGUCUCAUCUACGAAGAGACCAGAGGUGUCCUUAAGAUCUUCCUCGAGAAUGUCAUUCGUGACGCCGUUACUUACACUGAGCACGCCAGGAGGAAGACGGUGACCGCCAUGGAUGUUGUCUACGCUUUGAAGAGGCAAGGACGUACUCUCUACGGUUUCGGCGGUUAAUCUGGAGAUUAGGGUUUAUGCAACUUUGGGAAUUUCUGGUUUCUGAGAUCUGUGUUAAAGAUUUGUUUAGUCAAAAAAGUAAAUCCAGGAGUUAGUU